UAGCGUCCCUCGGUUGUCAGUGUUAGAUAGGUUCCCAACUGAGACCCCGAAGCCGGGGCCAGGCAGGAGAAGAGGGGCCUUCUUCCUUUUUCUCUUCUUCUCUCUGCAAGCCCUUCCCGCUCCCUCCUUCUCGCACCCAAUUGUUUCGUUGUCCUUAAUUACGAGUUUGACCGUGAAUCACUCUCUCUCGCGCGCGCGUUGGGGUUGAUGGUGGGCGUAGCAGAGGAAGCGGAGCUUAAUAGGCUCGAGAACCAGGUGGAUAAUGGGGGAGGAGGCGCCUGGGAGUACCUCACUCUGGUCAGAAAGUUAAAACUGAGGCGGUCGGAGAAGGUCCUCAAGCAUGGUCUUGCCAUCUUGGACGAUCCCAAAAGUCGAUCCAAACUCGGAACAGAAGAAUGGACUCUUUAUGAGCAGGUUGCUAUUGCAGCCAUGGAUUGUCAGAGCCUUGAUGUUGCAAAGGAUUGCAUCAAGACUCUCUCAAAGAGAUUUCCAGGAAGUAACAGGGUUGGGAGGUUGGAGGCCAUGCUGUUAGAGGCAAAAGGGUCUUGGUCGGAUGCAGAAAAAGCUUACACACGACUCCUGGAGGAUAGUCCACUUGACCAAGUAAUUCACAAAAGAAGGGUUGCAAUGGCAAAGGCCCAAGGGAACAUUUCUGGAGCUGUUGAGUGUCUCAACAAGUACCUUGAAAUAUUCAUGGCGGAUCAUGAUGCUUGGAGGGAGCUUGGAGAAAUAUAUGUUUCAUUACAAAUGUACAAACAGGCAGCCUUCUGUUAUGAAGAACUGAUACUGUGCCAGCCAACCGUUCCUUUGUAUCAUUUGGCAUAUGCAGAGGUACUUUACACGCUAGGUGGUCUGGAAAAUCUCAUUACUGCUAAGAAAUAUUAUGCCUCCACCAUAGACUUGACUGGAGGAAAGAAUGCUAGAGCUCUUUUUGGGAUUUGCUUGUGUAGUCACGCCAUUAGUCAGCUGGCAAAGGGACGGAACAAGGAAGAAAAGGAAGGUUCAGAGCUGCAGUCUCUUGCUGCGCAGGCCUUGGUGAAGGACCACAAGCAGAAGGCACCCACAAAACUACCUCUUGUGUCCUCCAUGCUUAAAAAUAUGAAACUCUUAUCCUGAUACCAAUUUUUCCUAUGCCCCUAUUUUGUACCUUCUGAUUUUGGAUUUCGAAAUGAUCACAUGAAAAUUAGAAUGUUGUUUCUUAGAUGGGCUUUAGGAUCAUUGGGUUAUGGGACAGCAGAAUAAUUGUAGUUUCCAUUGUGACCAGAAAUUUUCCCGUCAAGGGAAACAUACUUUUUGAUUCAUUAUGUAUUUUCUUAAUUUUAUGAUAAUCUAGAAAGAAAAAUUUUGUGUGUCGAUUUA